AUGGCCUUAAUAUCACAACUUAAGCCAGAAAAGGUUAAUGAAGCCCUUAAAGACGACUACUGGGUCAAAGCUAUGAAAGAUGAACUUGAUCAAUUUGAAAGAAAUAAAGUGUGGGAUUUGGUUCCAAAACCAUCAAAUGCUUCCAUUGUAGGAACUAAAUGGGUUUUCAGAAAUAAGUUGAAUGAAUCUGCUCAAGUAGUUCAUAACAAAGCAAGGCUAGUUGCUCAAGGUUACUCUCAGCAAGAGGGAAUUGACUACGAUGAAACAUUUGCACCUGCAGCAAGAGUAGAAUCCAUUCAAAUACUACUUGUCUUUGCUGCUCAUAAAGGAUUCAGGCUAUUUCAAAUGGAAUUAAAAAGCGCCUUCCUCAAUGGAUAUAUCUUAGAAGUAUACGUGAAACAACCUCCUAGCUUUGUAAGUAACAACUUUCAGAACCAUGUUCCAAGCUGUCUAAAGCUCUAUACUGACUCAAGCAAGCCCCUCGAGCCUAGUAUGAAAGACUAA